AUGAAUGGGAACCCCCAUCGAGCGAGACGCGACAAUAGCUAUGUACUGGACUACGGGCUGAACGCUAUGCCACUGCGCACCCCACCAACGGGCGGCUUCUUGGAGCAGUUGCAGAAUCAGAGCGAAGCAGUGGGAGGACUGGACGGAAUCAGCUUUGACGUGGACGUCGCCCUGCGGAAUCAGAACCGAAACCGAGGCAAUUACCGCUGCAGUAAAUGUGGGGAACCCAAGAAGGGUCACGUGUGCCCACUCGUCCCGUCCAAUUUCAAGUGCAAUCGCUGUGGGCUAUCGAAGAAAGCGUGCAGUUGUACUGCGCCAAAGAUGUGUACGGUUGGGGUGCAGGUGGAAAUGGACCACGACAUGACUACGCGAGUACUCGACCUCAGCGUGCAGGGUAUGGAGGAGGCCAAGUAA